CCGUUGUCUCCAUGAUUUGGGAGGGGAUUGAUAUUGAUGAGAAGAGAAACGAAAGAAGAAAGGCCACACAUGUAGAUUUUCCCAGCGAAAGAAAUCAGUAACACCUCUCGCUCUCUCUAGAUGUUGGGGGUUAUGGCAGAAAAGCUAGCUCUCCCUAUUCUCCUAUCGGGCCUUCCUCCUUCGAAGCCUUCCUUCCAUGAUCACCGGGAGCCCCCCAACAUUCCUCCGCCAUCUCUAGCCCCUCUUUUCCAAGAGCUCCUUCUCCCGCGAAACCCUGGUCUUCCUAAAACCCCAAAUACCCAAUCCUCAGUUCAAGUCCUUAGAACUCGAACUCGCCUCGGCAAUGCUCGCGACCCCAACCGCCGAAAGCCUUGGUCCAGCGACGGCCUUUCCCCUCAAGGUCAGCGAAUUCUCCAAACCUUGAUUGACCCCUCUUUUGAUGUUUCAAAAACUGAUGAAACAUUGAUUGAACUGGUAGAGUUACACUCGCAGGAGUUAGGUGAUGGUUUAAAGUCUCUGUCUUUGGACCUUUUUUGUAUAAUUAAAGCAUUGGGGUUUCACAGGAAGUGUGACAUUGCGCUGUCUGUGUUUGAAUGGAUUCGGAAGCAGAAAGAUUGUGAAGUACUGUUGAGAGAAUCUUCUGUUGCUGUAAUUAUAAGUAUUCUUGGUAAAGAGGGUCGGGUUUCAGCUGCAAGUUCUGUACUUCAGUCUCUUAGUAAAGAUGGAGUGUCAAUUGACGUUUAUGCUUAUACUUCUAUGAUAAGUGUUUUUGCUAAUAAUGGGAGAUAUAGGGAGGCUGUGCUGGUUUUUAAGAAAAUGGAGGAGGAGGGUUGCAAGCCUACUUUGAUAACUUAUAAUGUGAUUUUGAAUGUCUAUGGAAAAAUGGGUAUGUCAUGGAAUAGAAUUCUUAAAGUAGUGGAGGGAAUGAGGAGGAUGGGUGUUUCGCCAGAUUCUUACACUUACAAUACUCUUAUUAGCUGUUGUAGGCGUGGGUCUUUGUGUGAGGAAGCAGUGGGGAUUUUUGAGGAGAUGAAACAAGCUGGUUUUAGUCCUGAUAAGGUGACCUACAAUGCAUUGUUGGAUGUUUACGGGAAGUCUCGGCGACCAAAGGAAGCAAUAGAAGUUCUGCGGGAGAUGGAGGCUAAUGGAUGUUCCCCUAGUACUGUGACUUACAAUUCAUUGAUAUCAGCAUAUGUGAGAGAUGGUCUGUUGAAAGAAGCAGUGGAGCUUAAGACACAGAUGGUAGAAAAAGGGAGUAAGCCUGAUGUCUUUACUUACACCACCCUCUUGUCGGGAUUUGAGAAGGCUGGGAAGGAUGAAUCUGCAAUCAGUGUUUUUAAGGAGAUGAGAAAUGCCGGUUGUGAACCAAAUAUAUGUACCUUUAAUGCACUCAUUAAGAUGCAUGGUAACAGGCGCAGAUUUGCAGAAAUGAUGAAUGUCUUUGAAGAGAUCAAGGCAUCCCACUGUGCCCCAGAUAUUGUUACUUGGAAUACAAUUUUGCAAGUGUUCGGACAGAAUGGGAUGGACUCAGAAGUGUCUGGAGUGUUCAAGGAAAUGAAAAGGGCAGGGUUUGUACCUGAAAGGGACACUUUGAACACCUUAAUCAGUGCUUACAGCCGGUGUGGAUCUUUUGACCAAGCCAUGACUGUUUACAAGAGAAUGCUGGAAGCUGGGGUCACUCCAGACCUUUCCUCCUAUAAUGCUGUUCUGGCAGCAUUGGCUCGUGGAGGGCAUUGGGAACAGUCUGAGAAAGUAUUUGCUGAAAUGAAGGACAGUCAGAUUAAACCCAACGAGUUAACAUUCUGUUCUUUGCUGCAUGCUUAUGCCAAUGGGAAGGAGAUCGAACGGAUGCGUACUCUUGCGGAAGAGAUUUACUCUGGUAGCAUUGAACCCCGUGCUGUACUUUUGAAGACCCUCGUUUUAGUUAAUAGCAAGACUGACCUUCUUGUAGAAACUGAAAGAGCUUUCCUGCUGCUGCAGAAAGGGGGGUUUUCCCCUGAUAUAAGUACUCUGAAUGCAAUGGUUUCUAUCUAUGGCCGAAGGCAGAUGGUUGCGAAGGCAGAUGAGAUCUUGAACUUUAUGAAUGAUCAUGGAUACACUCCCAGCUUGACAACGUACAAUAGCUUGAUGUAUAUGUACAGCAGGUCAGAUGAUUUUGAGAGAUCAGAGGAAAUUUUAAGGGAAAUUCUGGCAAAAGGAAUGAAGCCCGAUAUUAUCUCUUACAAUACUGUAAUAUUUGCCUAUUGUAGAAAUGGACGGAUGAGGGAUGCUUCACGGAUAUUUUCUGAAAUGAGGGAGUGUGGGCUUAUUCCAGAUGUAAUAACUUAUAAUACCUUUGUUGCAAGUUAUGCUGCUAAAUCAAUGUUUGUGGAGGCUGUAGGUGUGGUUCGGUACAUGAUUAAGCAUGGAUGUAAGCCAAACCAAAAUACAUACAAUACAAUUGUGGAUUGGUACGGUAAGCUUUGUCGCAUGGAUGAGGCAAUUAUGUUUAUUACCAACCUUCGCAAGCUUGAUCCGUAUAUUUCCCAGGAAGAAGAAAGUAGGUUAUUGGAACGAAUGAAAAUUAAAUGGUUAUAGGAAAUCUCAUCCACCUGGCAGGAGAGCAGUGUGGCUGCUUAUGAGUAUAGUCUUUGGGACUUGUAUGUCUUGUGUUCUUUUAUUUAUUGCUUUUUCUGCAGUUGUUAUGGGCUAUUCUGACGUGAAGAUGAGCAGAAAGACGAUAUUGUUGUGUACUAAAUUUUUGUGAACUUUGAUAGCAUUAGAUGAGCCAUUUAUUUGAGGCUGAGUGCUCUGCGGUAUUCACUCAAGCAGCAUGUGCGGAUGGCUACAAACCCUGUAUAAUGUUAAACAAAAGAUAAUGAGGAAUAUGAAUAUUUAUGAGUUAUCUGUAAUCUCUUGCAUAGAAAUACAAUCAGAAAACAUUUAUUCUGUUAA